GUCAGCAGCAGCAGUAGCUGCAGCGGCAGCAGCAGAAGAAAGAUCAGAAAGAAAAGACACCGGACGGCAAAUUCAUUGACAGAUAUUUCUUGCGUGUGUUUGCGGUGGAAAAAAGCCUCAGAAUAUUUGCACCAUGGCAGCCGAUAACGCAGGACUAGAAGAUGAAAAGAUGUGGGACGACGAGGAAGAUGCACUAGCAGAGGAAGUACUGCGUAUGUCUACGGAUGAGAUUGUUUCAAGAACAAGAUUACUCGAUAAUGAGGUCAAAAUUAUGAAGAGUGAAGUUAUGCGCAUCUCUCAUGAGCUCCAAGCACAAACAGACAAGAUCAAAGAAAAUACUGAGAAAAUUAAGGUCAACAAGACGCUUCCCUAUCUGGUGUCCAAUGUCAUUGAGCUUUUAGAUGUUGACCCUGAAGAGACUGAAGAGGAAGGGGCUGUUGUAGAUUUAGAUUCUCAGCGCAAGGGUAAAUGCGCAGUUAUUAAGACAUCUACAAGACAAACAUACUUUCUACCUGUGAUUGGUUUGGUGGAUGCAGAAAAGUUAAAGCCUGGCGACUUGGUUGGAGUCAAUAAAGACUCCUAUCUGAUAUUAGAAACCUUACCUGCUGAAUAUGAUGCUCGUGUCAAAGCUAUGGAAGUUGAUGAAAGACCCACUGAGCAGUACUCUGACAUUGGUGGUCUUGACAAGCAAAUCCAGGAGUUGAUUGAGGCAGUUGUUCUACCCAUGACGCACAAGGAGAAAUUUGUCAAUUUGGGGAUUCACCCACCUAAAGGUGUUCUCCUCUAUGGUCCUCCAGGAACAGGAAAAACACUUUUAGCCCGAGCCUGUGCUGCUCAGACUAAGUCAACAUUUUUGAAGCUAGCUGGCCCCCAACUUGUGCAAAUGUUUAUUGGUGAUGGAGCUAAACUUGUACGGGAUGCGUUUGCUUUGGCCAAAGAAAAGUCUCCAGCAAUUGUUUUCAUUGAUGAAUUAGAUGCUAUAGGUACAAAGCGUUUUGACUCUGAGAAAGCAGGGGACCGUGAAGUUCAGAGAACCAUGUUAGAGCUGCUUAACCAACUGGAUGGCUUUAGUUCCACUGCAGAUAUUAAGGUUAUUGCAGCCACUAACAGAGUGGACAUUCUUGAUCCUGCAUUACUGCGGUCAGGUCGUCUAGACCGAAAAAUUGAGUUCCCUCAUCCAAAUGAAGAGGCUAGAGCAAGAAUUAUGCAAAUUCAUUCAAGGAAAAUGAAUGUCUCUCCAGAUGUAAACUUUGAAGAACUGUCAAGGACUACUGAUGACUUUAAUGGGGCACAGUGUAAAGCUGUUUGUGUUGAAGCUGGUAUGAUUGCACUUCGUCGCAGUGCAUCUAUUGUAACACAUGAAGACUUCAUGGAUGCCAUUAUGGAAGUUCAAGCUAAGAAGAAAGCAAAUUUGAACUACUAUGCUUAAGCUUUUAUAAAAUUGGUUAACUCAUAUGAUUUAUAAAUUAAUUAAUUUAAGGAGUUCAAUCUCUUAUAUAACUUGAAAUUGCAGCAACAAGAGUUUCUUACUGCUGCAGUUUUUUUCUAACCUUCUUGGUCCUUCAACAGUUAAUGAAUGAAUUAAAACAAACGCCACUGGA